CAUUAUUUGUACAGACACCGGGUGGGAAGAAGUAUGGCGGCUCUGGUUCAGUACGUGGUGCUCCGCAAGGAUCUGCAGACUGGACUCGGGUGGCCCUUGGGGGCCCUAAUAGCACAAGCCUGUCACGCGGCCACAGCAGUGAUUCAUUUACACUACGAGCACCCGAAUACCCGGGCCUACCUGCAGCAGCUCGACUCUAUGCACAAAGUGGUUCUGGAGGUGGCGGAUGAGCUGACACUCACUUCUCUGUCGGAGACGCUGAAUCAGGCAGGGAUUGAUCACAAGCUGUGGAUGGAGCAGCCAGAGAACAUCGCUACUUGUAUCGCCCUCAGGCCGUAUGUGAAGGAGGAAGUUCAUAAAUAUGUGAAGAAAUUUAAGCUGAUGAAGUGACAGUGACAGAUGACAGUUUGCUGGGGGACAUAUUAUUGAUGCCGGGGGCACUGGUCUCUCAGCAGAGGGUAAAGCAAUAGGAGGGUUAUUCACUUCUCCAGGGGCACAAACACUUAACUGCAUUUAUUCUAUCCAGAAUGUGAAUUACAGAGGCGAGUCCUGUCUCACUGGGGCAAUUACAUGAGUUUAUUGGGGCAGUGGAUUUGAUUUCAAGGACAAGUCAUAGAUAUUAUUAUCAGAGAGAGAUAUCCCUCAUACAGGAUUCAUGGCAAUGGGAUUAUUUCAGUUCCUUUCUGUAGGUCUGUCCUGUAUCACUAGAGCAAUGAUCCGCCUGUCCAGUUACAUAAAGCUGAAGAAACCCCUGUUCUCAAAUUCAGGUUAAAAUAAUCAGAUAUUCUGUAUGUGUCACAAAUCCUCAGCAGCCGUGAAUAAAGGGGAGUUGUGGGAAA